UUCUUUUAAUAAAUAAAACACGGAUAAGACGAGAAGUUGCAGAGCAAAGCCAAAGUUUCGAAAAAGAUUUUUCGAUUUUUUUAGAGUUUCAAUUUCAAUUUCAAUUUUCAUCUCAGGGUUUUGUUCUGUUUUGUGAAUUCUGGAGAUGGUUGUUGAGGAGGGGACAAGCAAUGGUGAAGGAGCAGAGUGUGGAAAGGUGGUUCAGUGCUUCAAGAGUGAACCAGUGAAUAAUGGGUUUGGAUUUGAAUUUGUGAAUGAUUCUGGUGAUGGGAGUUCAGGGGCAAGUGAGAAUUUUCGAACAUAUAAGAGGCGGAGACAGUUAAGGUCAAGUUCCAAGGUCAAAGUGCAGGUCGAUCGAAGAGCUUCCACAGACCAGGUUCCUCUUGCUGAGACAAAUCAUUGUGCUUCUUUGAAUGGUUCAAAUGAUCAUCUACAGAGGCAGUGGAGAAAUGUUGUAUUGGAGCACAUGCAUCAGUUAUUAAGUGGUGAUGAAGGUGGUAUACAACGUUGCAUUCGAGAUGCACUUUUAUUUCAUCCAGAAAAUGGUUGUAAUAUGACAGCUAAGGAACCUGACGCUUCUCAUGAAGGUAGACAGAAAUGCUCUUUGCAAGCAGGGCGAAUUCCUAAUGGAAGUAAGCAUACAGCUGAGGGGCUGGAGGGUGUGAUAUCUAAUGGGUCUUUAAAAGAAAAUUCUCAAACUACCACUGAGAUGUGCCAGCGUGUUUUCUUUGAUGUUAUAAUUUCUGAAAAGUUCACAUCUCUGUGUAAGCUACUAUUUGACAAUUUCCAAGGGAUCAAGGUUGACAGCCUUUUUCACUUAAGUGUCAUAAAUUCAAGGAUGAAAAAUGGAGUUUAUGAGUGUUCACCUAUGCUUUUCUCAUCAGAUAUUCAGCAGGUAUGGAGAAAACUUCAAGACAUAGGAACUGAAAUUGUAUCCCUUGCAAAGAGCCUCUCAAACAUAUCAAGCACUUCCUAUAGUGAACAAGUUGGGUGUUCUCGUGGUGCUGUUGAAAAGGAGAAUCAUGAGUUCUGUACUCGGGAACCAGAGUCUCUUGCUAAACUGGAGCAAACUGAAGCUUGUGGUGUGUAUAAAGUUUGCACUUGCAGGCAUUGUGGGGGGAAAGCAGAUGGGAAGGAUUGUUUAGUUUGUGAUUCAUGUGAGGAAAUGUACCACGUUGCCUGUAUUGAGCCUGCUGUGAAGGAGAUUCCUCCAAGAAGUUGGUAUUGUACCAGCUGUACUGCUAAUGGAAUGGGAUCUCCACAUGAGAACUGUGUGAUAUGUGAGAGAUUGAAUGCCUGCAGGACUCUUGUUGCUGAUGAAAAUCAUAAUGUAAAUUGUAAAGUAUUUAGUGAAUUGGAGGAACAUUCAAACUGUAGUGUCGAUAAUGGGCUUCAGUUAUCACCAGGGAACAAACACCCGUGUGUUUGUAAAAUUUGUGGAAGUGGCGUUGAAAAAGGUCAGAAGUUAAGGCGUUGCGAGCAUCCCUACUGCCCCAAUAAAUAUUAUCAUAUGAGGUGCCUGACAAGGAAGCAGUUAAAAUCAUAUAGUCCCCGCUGGUACUGCCCUUCUUGUCUGUGUAGAAAUUGCCUCACUGACAAAGAUGAUGAUAAGAUUGUUUUAUGUGAUGGCUGUGAUGCUGCUUACCACAUUUAUUGCAUGAAACCCCCACGAACUUCAAUUCCAAGAGGGAAGUGGUUUUGCAGAAAAUGUGAUGCUGGGAUCCAGCGAAUACGCAGAGCUAAAAGAGCAUAUCAGAAUAUGGAAAAUAAGCUGAAAAUGAAAGGCAUAGGAGGCAAAAUGGCAUAUGAUAAUCUGGAAAUGAGUAUGAAUCAAAAAGACACAGAGGAGUCAGAUAAAAGUAGAGGUGGAGUGGACAUGCUUCUAACUGCAGCUAAUACUCUAAGCUGCGAGGAGAAGUUGGCUGCCAUACAGAUGAAGAGUUAGAAAGAGACUUGCGAUUGGAGGACAUGAGGAGAUUCAAAUUUCAUGGUAAAUGCAUUUGAUUUUGUAUGGGUAACUCAAGAGCAACAACUUAUUUUCACUUCAUUUUUUCGGCUGGGAAACAAGAUAUAUUUUGGUAGGUUGUAAACUUCUAGAUUUUGUUGGCAUUUGGAUACAGAGAUCUGAGCAAGACAUGAUUCUGAAGGCUGUAUAUUUUUGGUUUGGCACUGCCAAAUACUUGAUGUGUAGUACUUUGGUCCCUGCUUGAUGAAGGGGAUGGGGGAAUCAUCCACUAACAGAGGGGGUGUGAAGUAAUGUUAGUUUGUACUAUUGAGAAUACGUAGUUCAGACUUUAGAGGAGGUUAUCAGAAGCAAUUGUUUCUCAGCAAUGUUGUAUAAUGUGGAGAAAGCUCUGACCAAACAAACCUGUUUUUAACCAUGAAAAGUCAAGGAUAACUUUCCGUUUUACUUGUGCAUUUUGAUGCAUCAUUUUUCCUUCCUCACUAGGGUAGUUUGCUGGCUGGCUCUCAUAUACCCCCAACCCCCCCCCUUUUCCUUUUUAAUUAAUUGGAGAAUCCCAUUGAAACAGGUUCUGGAUUUGUAACCUAUAUAAUUCCUCCAUGUUGGCUUCUCACACAAUAAAUAUAUAAUACUUGCGUUAAAGCUUUAUA